GAUUUUGCUCAACGCUUUCGUGCUUCUCGUUUCCUGCCUGCUUUCAGUCUGAUAUUGCUAUCCACGCGGACAGUAGUGCUGUUGUUUGGUGAGAGAGCGCGCGCGUGAGCCCCCGUUUUGAAUACCGCCGCCGCUGCUGCAGCUACGUGUAGUGUUGUAGUCCGUCGCCGAUGCGGUGAACUGUUAUCGGUAGCGCGCUUUGAGCCGAAUUUGUCUACGCUUUUUUGAGAGGUUGGUCAAGAUGCGCCUCGGGAAGGACUGUUAUUGGUUUCGUGUCGAUGAAUGGCGCAGUGACAACUUCCGGUUAACGGUGAAUGUUGCGUGAAUCAAGUUCGGUGAGAAUUCGGGGUGAACGGACCUCGGAUAUUCGUUAAAGAACUGAGUGAAGGUUGCGUGAAAGUUCUGUGGAAGAAAUUCUGGAUGCUAGUGAGUCGAGUGUGAUGCACCUCAGAGAAAAGAAACCCGUACGUAGAACGAGUGACAGAUCGAGUAACAUGUCCAAGUGGCAAUUAACGCCCAAUACAGUAGGUUGAAUGAGGUGCGAUCGACCUCCGCUUAAUUAAACUCGAUCAACAAGUGGAUCGUUGCCGUGAAGGUAACCGGAGGCAAAGAGAAGAACCCAUCAGAAGUGUCACCUCCAUUUGUCUGCGAUCAACUUUUAUAAUUAAUUAAUUAGCUCCUGCGCUGCGGUGACUCCGGAUCAAGUGAUCGAGUGAAUGUGUCGUUCAAUAGCUGGGAUGCUUCAAGAAAUCGACUACCGUGUGCUCUCGCGUGCAAAUGUUUGAAUGCCAAUUAAACUCACAUUAGCCCGCCGGGUGUGACAAGUGACAAGUGGUUGACGCGAGUUGGGUUGUAACCUUGGAACACAAUAUUGUAAGCGUAAAUCCGGAAGACCUGAAAACUUGAGAGAAGACCGUUCAACAGUGAGUUGUAGCCCCCUUCUAAACCGUGCGAAGAAGAAGCAGAAGAAAACAGAAACAAAGUUCGCUGCCCGCGUGUCCAUAUGAUGUUGAUUGGAUCGGCGAUCGGGAGUGAGUUCGCACAGCUGCCGACCAGUGGAGCCGCCCCGUGGAGUAUGGAACCACCGCCGAGGGUACCCGGGUCCGGUUUGCCCGGUCAGCAGCCGCCCGGUCCGCCGCCGCCACCGCCGGGUGCCGGAUUGCAGCUAUCGCCCACCGUUGGCCUCUCGCCGAACCUCCCCUCGCCCGGAGCCGUCCCGCCCUCGUCAACCAACCUGUUCGGAGCGGCAGCGGCAGCAGCCGCAGCCGCGGGUCACCCCGCGGCCAACGCGCAAACCCUCGCCGGACUAAUGUCGCAGCACCGGCUCCUCGAACUGUCCCGGUUCGGCUUGCGGGGGUACGACCUGGCGCAGCAUAUGCUCACGCAGCAGGGUGCCGUGUCCAAACUGCUCGGUACCCUGCGACCACCCGGUCUGAUCGGUGGGUCCAAGCCGAAAGUGGCGACACCGGCCGUCGUCUCCAAAAUCGAACAGUACAAACGGGAGAACCCGACCAUCUUCGCCUGGGAAAUCCGGGAACGUCUCAUCUCGGAAGGCGUCUGUACCAACGCAACCGCCCCCUCGGUCUCCUCCAUCAACCGGAUCCUCCGGAACCGGGCGGCGGAACGAGCGGCGGCCGAGUUCGCCCGUGCCGCCGGCUACGGUCUCUAUCCUCCACCUCCGUACGGAGGUUUCCCAUGGCCAACCCCGGCGCACCUUUGGCCUCCGGGCCAAUCCCUUCCGGGGAUGACCCCACCCGGAAGCAGUUCGAACUCCACCCCCGCCACCAUCGGAUCCCCCGGAAGCGGGUCGCACGACACCCUCGGCAGUCCCGAUGGCAAUCGACUGAUCGGUGAGUAUGACAUCGAGGGCGAGGACUCCAACAGCCUGGACGGCGAUCAACCAAAGUUUAGACGCAAUAGGACUACCUUUUCGCCGGAGCAACUCGAAGAGCUGGAAAAGGAAUUCGACAAGUCGCACUACCCCUGCGUGAGCACCCGAGAACGCCUGGCGUCCCGAACUUCGCUCAGCGAAGCCCGCGUACAGGUUUGGUUUUCCAACAGACGGGCGAAAUGGCGACGUCAUCAAAGAAUGAAUCUUUUAAAAAGGUCCAGUUCGCCGAGUUCCCGAGCGGCAGCGGCAGCGGCAAGUUCCGCUUUCACCCCUGGUUCCCCGCCGCCGCGUCCGGGAUCGGGAUCGGCGUCGGCCACCGGAGUCCACCCGUCGGCCCUGGGAGCGGCAGCCCAUCACCAAAACCAGUCAACCUCACCGGUGGCGUCGCACCUAGCGGCGGCGGCGGCGUCCCAUCAGGCCCAUGCCCAAGCAGCGGCAGCAGCAGUAGCGGCAGCACAGGCGGCAUCAUUAGUCACAGCAUCAACUCCAUUAUUAAUGGGCGGUGAGCAUAGUGCAUUCCGCUCGUUGGUCCCGACCUCGGCGGCGGCCCUCUUCGCCGGUCUGUCCCGUUCGUACGCCGCCACCGCAGCCAGCUGUUCGUCCAACCCGUCGGUCAGCCCGGUGCCGAGCGAUUCCGACGAGGAGAUCAACGUCCACGAUGACGAGUCGGACAUCGAAGUCUCGAGCCGGAAUGGCGCCGCCGGCGAAGGAUCCACCACCCCGCUGCAGCUGACCAAACACGAACGGCACUAGACUGGACCAUCGGAGCGGAAAUUCGAGGGCGACACAACUCCUCCUACUGGCUCGGAGGGCGAGAGAGUGAGGUACGGUACUACUCAAACUAUUUAAUGGUCUAUCUCUUUAAGUAGAAUCCCAAAUUGUUAGCAAACAAAAUCAAAUUUUGUAAAUAACCCCGCGCUCCGAACCCGUCCUAGCAUAGCAUAAACCUAAUGGUGCAAUUUCCGACAGCUUUUGCUCAAUGGCCCCCAUUUUUCAACGUUGCACGACGGCGACGACGCAAUCACCCUUUAGUUGAUUUGGGAAAGAAACGUUUCAAUAUGGCUGACAGUUGAUGGCAAACCCACAUACCUAUGUACGUGUAGGGAAACCUUAGAAAUUGAAAAUCGCCAUUCGACGACGACGCGACGACUGGCUCAGACGCAAGCACGAUUACCCCUCUUUUACUAUACGCUCGAUGAUGGACGCAUGUCGCAUAUACCUACGAGAAUGGUAUGAAUGUACGACACAGCAUAGUGCAAGGGUAGCCAUGAAUCAACAACGGUUUGCGCUCUCUAAUAUGGCACUGAGCUGGUCGACUGCCGUUACCCUUAGUUCAUAGUUACGAUGGCAGUGACGGUCAGUUGCAAUUGAAGUGGGCUGUCAUUGGUUUGCAUGAGGGUGUAGAAUGGCGGUAGAGAAGCAGAGUGAAAAUGGAAGUUCCAAAAUGAAUGGCAGGGAAGGGUUCUUGGAAAGCAGGGACACUUGCUAGAUUCCAAGAAAAGUUUUAAGAAUGCCCCCCUGUUAAGAACUUUGAGAAUACAAUAACGCUCCGAGUUCUUCACCCCCUUUCUUAAAAAAUGUAUACAAACAUUGAACGCGUUUCAUUAUGUUUAACCCUUUAAAAUGCCUUCAUGACAAAAAUACCGUUAGUAAAAAAUAAUUCCUGAUGCAUGCAUGAGUUUCAAAUCUUCAUGAAAAACAAGGCAUAAAUACGAAAACCAAUUCAGUUCCAGAGCAGGUUUUGCACCUGGGUGGUUGAGAUGAGGCAAAGGGUGUUUCCAGGAAUUUUAGCGAAACUUGAAAGGAAGGUGAUUUCUGGGAGUUCUGGAUGCAUUUCAGAAGCAAUCCAGGAGUUUUAUUUUAUUUUAAAGGGGGUUUAAAGCUAUUUCAGGGAUGUUUAAGGGGGUGUUUUAGAAAGAUUCAGAGAGAAUCAGUGUCGUAUAUGAAAACCCCCUAAAAACACCACGAAACUCCCAUACAACUCCAAAAUAUCAUGUGACCCACUGAAUGUCCCUCAAACGAUCGUAAAACUCUCUGACAUCCUCUCCGAAUACCAUGAAAACCUUUGUAAUAUCUUAAAGCCCCUUGAGACGUCUCUUAAAGCCACCGUAAUAACUCUCUGUGUUUCAUUGUGACCCUAUGAACCCCCCGAAACAUAUCUGAAAUUCUUUUUGAUACCCCUAAAACCAACCAAGAAUCCCUAAAACACCUCUAAGAACCCAUGAUAUCCCCCGAAACGCCCCUGCAGUACCUUUAGAUUUCUUGAAAUGCUACUGAAGUCGCUGAAAUUCCCUGAAACGCUCCUGAAAUACCUUUGAAAUAUCCUGAGACCUCCUGAAACAAAUCUGAAUCGUUUGGCAAACGCACGCGUUGAAUUGUCCUCAAAAGGCACUGAAAUACUUUAGAAACUCCUGGAACUCCUCUGAAACGUCCCUGGAUACCCCUUGUAAAGUCCUGGGCCUGUAAAACACCUUUUAAAUGUACCAGAAAAAAUGUACCUAUAAAACCCCCUGAGAACCCUUG